CCUCCCGGGGACCCACGCUGACGGAGGUGCGCCGGGAUUUGAAAUUCCGGGACCUUCUGCUCCAGCUCGUCGUCCGCCAGGCUUCAGUGAAGCAGUCCUGCCGGCGAAGAAGAUGAGCAGACUGAGGCUUAGGGAUAUUAACAUGAGCUGGGAUCCCGGACUUGGCCCCUGGAGCCCAGUUCCUAUACUGUUAUCUUGGCAGCAGGAGUACGUGCGACAGCUUUGCCCGGCGAAGGCUGUGCUGCGGACAUGUGCACAACCGUGCUGCACUGGUAGUCGGGAGCAACAUCCCCGACCUCCAGGGCACAGGUCCUCGAGACCAGGUCUCUGCGCCUCUCCUGGAGGCAUUAGGGUGUCCAAGAAGCAUAGGAAUCCCAGGACCAUGGCUAAUAAAACCCAGGAGGUUGGUGGCAUCCAUUUCCCUUUUCCCUUCACACCGUAUUCCAUCCAGAAAGACUUCAUGGCAGAGCUGUAUCGGGUGUUGGAGGCUGGCAAGAUUGGAAUAUUUGAGAGUCCGACCGGCACUGGAAAAUCUUUAAGUCUUAUUUGUGGGGCUCUUUCCUGGCUCCGUGACUUUGAGCAGAGAAAACAUCAGGAAGAGGCACGUCUCCUUGAAACUGGAACUGUCCCCUUGAGUGACGGGAAGGAGCAGCCCCUGUCUCUCUCAUCCUCCUGCAGAGAGACCCCAGACACCCCAAGGCCUGCAGGAGAGCCUGACUGGGUGACUCAGUUUGUGCAGAAGAAAGAAGAAAGGGACCUGGUGGACCGUCUGAAGGAGGAACAGGUCAGGAGGAAGAAGCGCGAGGAGCGCCUGAGGCAGAUUCGGCACAAUGCGCAGCUCAAGUAUGCAGCCAAGCGCGUGAGACAAGAGGAAGAAGAGAUGGAGCGUCUCCUCUGCCUCAGCAGGGAGAUGCUAGCGGCGGGAGCAGAGGCCGAGCCUCGGGAGCCGCUGGCGUCUGGGGAGGAGGAGCUGGUCCUCGCCGAGUAUGAGAGUGAUGAGGAGAAGGGAGCAGCUCGCGGAGUGGACACGGAUGAGGAUGACCCAGAGGAAGAACAUGUAACUAAGAUUUACUACUGCAGUCGGACACACUCCCAGCUGGCUCAGUUUGUGCACGAGGUACAGAGGAGCCCCUUUGGCAAGGACACCCGGCUUGUCUCCCUCGGCUCUCGGCAGAAUCUUUGUAUAAACGAUGAUGUGAAGACCCUGGGUUCUGCGCAGCUCAUCAAUGACCGCUGCGUGGAGAUGCAGAGAAGCAAACACGAGAGGAACAGAGCUGAGGAAGAGAAGCCCAAGAGGAGAAGGCAGGAGCACCGGGCCGCAUGCCCCUUCUAUGGCUACGAGCAGCUGCAGCUCCUCCGAGACCAGGUCCUGGUGGGGGUCAAGGACAUUGAGCAGUUGGUGGCACUGGGGAAGGAGGCUCGGGCCUGUCCCUAUUAUGGGAGCCGGUUUGCCAUUCCAGCAGCCCAGCUCGUGGUGCUGCCCUACCAGAUGCUGCUGCACGCGGCCACCCGCCAGGCUGCGGGCAUCCGGCUACAGGGCCAGGUGGUGGUCAUCGACGAGGCGCACAACCUGAUCGACACCAUCACGGGCAUCCACAGUGCAGAGGUCAGCGGUUCCCAGCUCUGCCAGGCCCAUUCCCAGUUGCUCCAGUAUAUGGAACGAUAUGGGAAGCGUCUGAAGGCCAAGAACUUGAUGUACAUCAAACAGAUCCUGUAUCUGUUGGAGAAGUUUGUGACUGUGUUGGGUGGGAACAUUAAGCAAAAUCCCAACACACAGAGCCUUUCACAGACAGGGACAGAGCUGAAGACCAUCAAUGACUUCCUCUUUGAGAGCCAGAUCGACAACAUCAACCUGUUCAAGGUGCGGCGCUACUGUGAGAGGAGCAUGAUCAGCAGAAAGCUCUUCGGCUUCACAGAAAGGUAUGGCACAGUCCUCACACCCUCCAGGGAGCAGCCCAGACUGGCUGGGUUCCAGCACUUCCUGCAGACCCUGCAGCCCACAGCGGCCGAGACUCCUGUGAGCCCUGUGGAGGAGGGCGAGGCCAGGCUGCCACGGCCAGCUUCCCCGCUGAUGCACAUCGAAUCCUUCCUAGCAGCCCUCACCACUGCCAACCAGGAUGGCAGGGUCAUCCUGAGCCGCCAAGGAAGUCUUUGUCAGAGUAGCCUCAAAUUCUUGCUCCUGAAUCCAGCCGUACACUUUGCCCAGGUGGUGAAGGAAUGCCGGGCCGUGGUCAUCGCGGGGGGCACUAUGCAGCCGAUGUCUGACUUCCGGGAGCAGCUGCUGGCCUGUGCUGGGGUGGAAGCUGAGCGAGUGGUGGAGUUUUCCUGCGGUCAUGUGAUCCCACCAGACAAUAUCUUGCCCCUGGUCAUCUGCAGUGGCCCCUCCAGCCAGCAGCUGGAGUUCACAUACCAGAAGAGAGAGCUGCCGCAGAUGAUGGAGGAGACUGGUCGCAUUCUCUGUAACCUGUGCACUGUGGUCCCUGGAGGGGUGGUCUGUUUCUUCCCCUCCUAUGAGUACCAACGCCAGGUCUAUGCCCACUGGGAUAAGAGUGGGCUGCUGGCCCGCCUGGCUGUCAGGAAAAAGAUAUUUCAGGAACCCAAGAAAGCAAACCAGGUGGAACAGGUGCUGGCGGAGUAUUCCAGGUGCAUUAAGUGUUGUGGCCAGGCGGGAGGCACGGUGACAGGUGCUCUGCUCCUCUCUGUGGUUGGAGGAAAGAUGAGUGAAGGUAUUAACUUCUCUGACAACCUUGGCCGGUGUGUGGUUAUGGUAGGCAUGCCCUACCCAAACAUCAGGUCACCAGAGCUGCAGGAGAAGAUGGCCUACCUGGACCAGACCCUACCCAGAGGCCCAGGUCAGCCACCACCAGGCAAGGCUUUGGUGGAGAAUCUGUGUAUGAAGGCUGUCAACCAAUCUAUAGGCAGGGCCAUCAGGCACCAGAAGGAUUUUGCCAGCAUAGUGCUUCUGGAUCAGCGGUAUGCCCGCCCACCUAUCCUGGGAAAGCUGCCAGCCUGGAUCCGAGACCGUGUAGAGGUCAAAGCCACCUUUGGUCCUGCUUUUGCUGCUAUGAGGAAGUUUCAUCGUGAGAAGUCUGUCCCUUCCUGAUGGAUGGCCCACCACUGCCCAGAUGCCAGCCUCUUCCUUCCAGCUGCUCACGUGAAAUGUUUGCCUCAUGCCUGCUUUGUGGGGAUUCGGGCUAAGAAGGUGAAGCCCAGCUGGAGACCAGACCAGCCCCUUUCUGGAAUCAGUGGGCUGCCAAGACUAGGCACAGGUGGAAAAGCCAGUAAGAGAACAUCAGGUCGAUCCUGAAGAAACCGUGGGUCCUGGCCAUCCUGGGACCCAUCCCAGGGCAGUCUGGCUCCCUGGAAUUGAAUGCCCAUUCACCACGGUCCAGAGUCCAGCUCUCUGCCCAGCUUUGCGGCCAGUCUUCCACUGCGGCAUCUCUGUCCUCCCUUUGGUGUCCAUUCUCUCACAGGUGAGGCGGAACAUGCCCUCUAGCCUUUCCCUUUUCUGGCUACAAUUUGUUGUUCUAGACCUUCACCUUCUUUUCAAAACCAAGAACAUUCCCUAUUUCCAGCCCCAGGUCCCUGGAGUCUAUAGGGCUCCUUCUGCCCAGGGCCCUCUGACCACCUCAAUCCUAGCACCUUUCUCGGUGUUAAGAAGAACUGGGAAGAACCGUGUGCCGACUCCCCCACCUGCUGGUCUCUCUCUUCCCCAACCAGUGCUGGCCCCUAACCUGUCCCACCGCAUGUCUAGCUCCCUUGGCCUGGCUCCACGUCCUCCUCCGUCAGUGGCACCUCCUUUCCACUCAGCCACUGGAGCAAACUCUAAGACACCUCCUCCCCUGACUUCAGCCAUUAUGCCAAGGGCCAUUAGGCUCCCAGCAGGACUAUUUUUAGAGACCCCGUGUCUGUCACAGAGACAUUUUUCCCUGUGUGAAAAUCUCCUUCCCUCCAUCUGCAACAGCCAGCCCUGUUGACAGCACCUCUCUGCUGUCCCUGACCCAGAGGAAGGGCCCUCAGUUCACCUAGUGCUCUGCCCACACUCGCCCCCUGCACGGCUAGGGUUCCUUAAGUAAAAGCACACUCUUGCUUUA